AUGAAUACCAUCGAGAUCAUGCGGCGGGUAUUUGCUCAGCAUGGGGUUUAUGUAGAGCUCGUGUCUGAUAAUGGAAGACAGUUUGUGGCUGAGGAAUUUAAAGAGUUCAUGACCCAAAAUGGUGUAAAGCAUAUACUGAUACCCGCUUAUCACCCAAGCAGUAAUGGGCAGGCCGAAAAUACAGUAAGAACAUUCAAACAAGGAAUGAAAAGGGCGAUGAGAACAUUGCAAUCGUGUAAUACAUCUUUAAAUACCAAGUUGUGUCAAUUUCUACUGACUUACCGGACUACACCUCACUGUACAACAAAGCGCACGCCUGCAGAGCUCAUGGGUUGGCAGUUAUGCACUCGCCUUGAUUUACUACACUCAGAUGCAUCUCAGCGAAUUGAAAGAAAAGCCUCAGAGAACGAGAAACCAAUGAGGGAACUCGAUAUAGGGGACGGGGUACUGGUUCGGGAUUAUCGUCAAAAUAUCAAGAAGGGCAUAUGGACUCGAGGAGUUGUGGUUCUUAAAUUGGGUCCAUGCACAUAUAAUGUGCAGGUGGACGGGUAUAAAGACCACGGGACCUUGGUCGAAAAGAAAGGGAAUUUUACACAAGGAUACGACAUGGGCCUGACUGGAGCGUCAUCUUUGCUACUUACCUCAAACUGCUCUCAUCACUUAGCCCUGUCCAAGAUUCAUCAUUGGGCCGAUAAUCUCGUGUCGUCUUCUUGGCGUUUCUUGCCCACAGAGGUUCGUGGGUAA